AGUCAACAUCAAAACAAAAAUAUUCAGUUAAAUAUAAAUACAAUUUUUUUAUAGAAAAUGCUUAAAUAAAUAAAAAAUAAAAUGAAUUGCAUGCGGCUAUUGUGCUUUAGAGCACCACUCAAAUUAUCAUCCUAUGCAAGGAAGACUGAGUGGAACCUGCAGAAUAUCAGGUACAGAAGAACAUCACCAUGCAAGUUGACCUCGCCGCCGAAGGGCACGUGUUUCGACAUCCGCAACUUGGAGUUAGUCCAAGGCACCAACGCUCACGGUAAGGCCAUCCGCUCGUUCCUGUACAACCACUACUGGCCUCGCGAGCCCAGCAUCGUGUCCCUGUGGAUGAGCCCCAACAGCCCUUACCUAGACCUCCUCACCGACAAAUAUUCCUAUUCAGGUGAACGUAUUUUGGCGUACGAGUACAUACCGCGCACCAAGGAACGGAAGUUGGUAGGGCUGUGUGUGUGCAACAAGGUGUACCCGUGGAUGGUGGAGGAGUUGGAGCAGUGGGGACACAGUACUAGCACGACCCCGGAGCGGCACCGGAUCUACUUCAUCGCCCACUGCAUCAGAAGUCCGAGCUUGUUUCAGAAGUAUAAAGUCGAGUAUAUUUACGAUGUUGAAGUGUUGGGAACCGCAGCUGAAGUAACCGGCCAAGGAGUUGGGACGAUACUCCUGCAAACAGUAUUGAAAGAAGCCAAGGAGCAACGGCAUCCACUUGUACAAGUCAUCGCAGUGAGCCAGUAUGGAGCAAAAAUCUGCGAGAAAGUGGGCAUGAAGCAGGAUUGGUCAAUGAAAUACUCAGAUUUCAUUGAUGACGGCGGGGUGAAAGUAUUUUAUCCAAGGAGUCCUCACAACAACGUGUACAUCUACACCAAAUACUUCGAUCCCAAACUUGGAGGAGAGCUUCCUUGUUUACCUCCAUUUUAACUUACGACUUCAACAGUGACCAAAGUGAAUUUUUUGAAACACUUUAAAAAUAAAAUGUUUUUUUACUGCUUUGAA